AGUUUUUUUUUUUGUCCAAUAUUUAUUUAUUAUCUGCCCUUUUUUAAUUAUAAUUAGAAUACAAUUAUUAUUAUCACAGACAGCCCUUUAUUGAUGGUGUACGUAUUUGGGUUUUGUGUGUCUAUCUUCCCCUUUUCCCUUCUCCUCCUCCUCCUCCACCUGCAGCAGCAGCAGCAGCAGCAAGAGCAGCUAAAACCCUUCCUUCCUCCAUUCCCAUUCUUUUGCUCGUUCAAAAAUCGAACUUUCUUGAAAAACAGCUGCAGGAGGGAAAAAGGGAAGGAGGAAGGCCAUGUCAGGUUUGUAUAAUCCCAACUUCUCCCCAGCUAGAGCCGCUUCUCCACAGAUUAGAAGCAGCUCGGAUGUUGACAGGUAUGCUCCCUCAACUGCUGCUGCUACUGCUACUCAUCAAUCAAUCUCGGAAAUUUCCGAUGGUCAGUACUUGUCAGAGCUGUUGGCAGAGCAUCAGAAGCUCGGGCCCUUCAUGCAGGUUCUUCCCAAUUGCAGCAGACUCCUUAAUCAAGAGAUAUUGCGGGUUUCUGGGAUGUUAUCAAACCAAGGCUUUAAUGAUUUUGACAGACUGAGAUACAGAAGCCCUAGUCCCAUGGCUUCUUCGAAUCUUAUGUCAAAUGUAUCUGCUCCAGGAUUAGGUGGCUGGAAUGGUCUUCCUCAAGAGAGGUUAAGUGGUCCCCCUGGAAUGACCAUGGACUGGCAAGGGGCGCCUGCCAGUCCUAGCUCAUUCACGGUAAAGAGGAUCCUGCGCUUGGAAAUCCCUGUAGAUACUUAUCCAAAUUUUAAUUUUGUUGGGCGACUUUUGGGUCCAAGAGGCAAUUCACUUAAACGGGUGGAAGCUACAACAGGUUGCCGUGUGUACAUUAGAGGGAAGGGUUCUAUAAAGGACCCUGAUAAGGAAGAGAAGCUCAGGGGAAGACCAGGAUAUGAGCAUCUUAAUGAGCCACUGCACAUCUUAAUCGAGGCCGAUUUACCUGCCAAUAUAGUCGACAUUAGACUCAGACAAGCCCAGGAAAUAAUCGAGGAACUUCUCAAACCAGUGGACGAGUCACAGGAUUACAUCAAGAGGCAACAGUUGCGUGAGCUCGCGAUGCUGAACUCUAAUUACAGGGAAGAAAGCCCGGGGCCCAGCGGCAGUGUCUCUCCCUUCAAUUCAAGUGGAAUGAAACGUGCGAAAACGGGACGCUGAUAUCCUCUAAUCCAUCUCUCCUACAAAACUGGUGUCCUCUAAGCUUCACCGACUCGUGCCCAAAUAUAUUUCACGAUUGCAUCAGUCCCGUGUGGAGGGAUGAAAAUGAAGCGUAGGCUAACAGUUAUUCAUCAUGGUGAGAUUUUGGUGCUUUCUUCUCUUUAUUUCUCAUAAUUACAUUUGAACAGAUGGAUGGAUAUAAUUGAUGGGGAGAAAAAGCCAAAGAAAAAAAAAUAUGUCCUGUAAUCUUCCUUCUUCACCAUUAGGUUUAGGUCUUGUGAGGUCAGUUUUUUUUUCCCUGUAAAACUUAAAAAGAAAAAAAAAAGGUUUCAUUGGAUUUAUUCUUGUGUUAGUUAUAUGUUGAGGGGUGUGGAAUAUAUAUAUAUAUAUAUAUAUAUAUAGUUAUGUUGAAACAAUUUAUAUCCCAAAGAAAUGUAUUAUUGAGUUCUAUAGUA